GUUUGAGUUAUACCUUUUAGGCCACCGUAGUUGUAGCUGAGGAGAUCGCGUCAUGGCCGACAUGGAGAGAGUUUACCGGAGGACUUUUUAAUAAAGUGGCUCACUCUCGGACACAAAUAAUGUGAAAUGGCAGCUGUUUUCCUAGUGACCCUGUACGAGUACUCCCCACUGUUUUACAUUAGUGUGGUGUCUUUGUGUUUCGUUGUUACCGCUGCCAUGGUGCUCGGCUGGUUUGGCUUUGAUGUCCCAGUGAUUCUUCGCAGCUCCGACGAGACGGAGUCAAACCUACCAACCCCUGAGAAGCAAAUGGUUCAGGUGACCAAUCCCUUUGCCCUGGAGAUGGGCUCUGGGGCGGCAUCUGUCACUGGCCAUGGUGACAUUAGCGAACACUCCCUUGCAGAUGGUGCGUCAGUGAGGCCUUGCUGUCUGGAGCCCUGUGUCCUGAGCUGUUUCUGGGGCUGCGAGGUCAGCGCCCUGCAGGGAGCGCUGCAGGCUCACAUGCGCGGGCCGAGGCUCCGCACCCCCCGACAUUUCCAGGAGGCCCUGCACCUCCGCUACCAGCACUGCCAGAGCUUUUGUAUCAGCAGUGAGGACAGCGAAGAACGCCACACGCAGAUUCCUGCUGACCGGAGGAUCACAGACUUUGGACCGUUGCCAAGGGAACGCUACCCUCUUGUAGCCGUGCUGACGCUGGCAGAGCCGGAAGCCAGAAACACGUACAACCUCGUGGCCAGUGUGACAGUUAUUCAUGUUCCUGAUGACAAAUACAGCCUUUCUGCGCGCCUUCUCUUUCAGUACCUUCUCACCUCACAGGGAAACAUGUACGAGUUAAAGCCUCUCUUCAUGUCAGCUGACACUGGGGGAGCGUCUGGGCCUCCCGACUCAGAGCAGAGUACCACACCCAGCGAACCCACCGAGGAGGCCCGCAGAGUGGAGCAGAGUCCAGUGCUGGAGGAGGAGGGCGAGCACUGGUCAGAGGGGACGGGCAGGGACUGCGUGGUCUGUCAGAAUGCAGCGGUGAACAGAGUGCUGCUGCCCUGCAGACACGCCUGUGUGUGCGACGGCUGUGUGUCACACUUCCAGCACUGCCCCAUCUGCAGGGCCUUCGUCCUGGAGUCCUUCACCCUGACACAAGGACCAGCUGCAGACCAGUUACUCCACACUGAACCAGUGAAUGACAUUCAAUAGAUAGUAUGCGGCGAGGCGGUCGUCGCUGCUAAAUAAGCCCUGUAGCUCCCCGACUCCAAAGCUUGACCUCGGAAUGAAUUUACAUCCGGCUUCCAUGGACGGAAAAGUUCAGCUGGACUGUAGAAAUGUAGCAUCUGUAACAUCCGUGGGUUACACUGCGGCAGCUGCAAGCAAUGCAAGCCAUUCCAUUAGACCGCCUCCAGCAGUAGUGCAUACUCCCAGUGUUUGUAGUCGAGUGCAGUGCGGAUUUGGGAUCGAGCUGCAGUUUUCCAGUGGCGAGAGCGAUGGUGUUCAGUCGGGCAGCGGCACCGCCUGGCGUUCUGCCUCGCUUAGACUCGAUCCCACACAUCUGACUCACAAUUCGCUUUAUUUCAACAUCAGCUCUUAGCACUGUGCAAACCUUCCUCCCUGGUCGCUGAUGCUGUCAAACAGCGACCUGAGAACUGUAACACAUUUGCUGCCUUGGCUACAGUGCGGUUCACACGUUCAUAGAAAUACAUGCACUAGUUUGUUUACUGCUUCCAUCUCUGCUUUCAGUCCAGCUGAACUGUUCAGUUGGAAGCUUGAAGUAUAUGAAUAACAUGAAAUAUAAAUGGUUUUAGUAGACGCCACAUAUGUUAACUAGAUAAUAUGCAGAGGCUGUCAUCCUGAAAUCAACACACUGAACCUAAUACUGAAUUAUCUGCUUUGUUGUGAAACAAAGAAACGCAAAGCUGCUUGAUUUGCACUCGUUUAAACCUGUCUGAAGUUAGUCCCGUGACACAGCUGAUCAGUUUCACAUAAUAGCUGUUUUCAUGUUUGCAAAGGAUGUAGGGAACGUUUUUGAUAUUUUCCAUGUACAGAUUAUUUAUGGAUUCUCCACUUUGUGAAUGUAUUUGUUGUAGAAUAUGAUGGUUAGACCUCUUCUCCAGGACCAGGGCAGUAUUUAUUAACCACAGCCGAUACUAACCUUUAAUCUGACCCAUUGUAAAUGAAGGGGAGUGUCAACGGAGCUGUCAGGAAGCACUGAAAGGACUGAAGAUUCAUUUGACAUGCAUGUGUUCCUGUUCUAAUGAGUGAGGAAACACCAGCAGCUGUGAGCCUGGGGACGGACGGACGGACGGACUGACAUCCAGCAGAGGGUGCCGCCAGAUGUAAACCCCAUCACACAGGAGACCAGGGUUUGACGGGCCACCUGGGUCUUCGCAGGCUCAUAGACAUAUUGGAGUUGCAUAUUUGAAAGUUUCUAUUUUUGAACUGUGAUACCGGUCAGCCUUAGAUGGCCAGAGCCAAAGAGAUGACUGAAUUCGCUAUGGUCAUGUCUCACCUGGGACUUUGACACUUCAGAAUCAAUCAAAUAUCAGUGCGACCUCCUGUUUCUGAGUGAACUGGCUGCUCCUUCUGUCGUUUAAAUCCUGUCGAGAGCCACGUCCUUGGAUUUUAUCAGCUCAGAGUGAAUAAUGGAGGAAGUCAUGCAUGUUUCUGAUGAUCUGAGAGAUGGAAAUCUUUUAACACCAACAUAUAGGCCUGUUUGGGAACUAAUAUGAUGACAGAAAACCUUAAGGCCAUCAGGAGAACAAGGCCCCGUAAAAACUCAUCAAAUGGUUGGUUGCAAUGUCAGCUACUGGUCCUGUUUUUUAGCCUGUACUCAUUUACAUCUUGUCAGACUGUCGCCAUUAAAAGCUGCUGAAUCGGCUGCGGUCAGCUUCUGUUUGCAGUGUAGCCAUGGAUGCAGAGACAACUGUCACUGGGUCACUGAAGAAAACUUAAAAACAUGAAGAUUCUGAAUGAAGGUCUACAGCCUCUUUACCCUCUGAAUUCGAAGUGGAUUUCUGGAGCUUUAUUCUGGAGCGACAUCAGAUAUCAUGACAUCCUCGGGAAGUGGAAGUCAAACUGAAUCAUAUCAACAUGGGUUUCAUGUUUGAGAAGGACUGAGAAGUCCUAACUGAGCCCCCCACACACACACACAGACAAACUCACCCACCCGUCUCCCUUUUUUGUCUUUGUCCUGCUGAAUGAGCUUUGAGUUAAAUUACAGAGCACAGUGAAGCACAAUGUAAUGUUCAUCCUGUCUGAAUGAGGCUUAAAUUUCUAUUAUUUCAGGCUUUUCACCUUGAUUGCUUAUGUAGUCGCGCAUGUUUAAUAACCCUAGAGGAUAUAAAUAGUAACCAUAGCUGCCAAUCUUUGGAACUUUGUUUUCAACACAAAACUUCAAGUUACACAAAAUAAUGCUGACUCUUUAGUCCACUUACUCGCUUUUUCCAGAGCUUUCAACUUUCCGCAGGUUUUAUCAGAAGAUGGACUUGUAAGUUGUCAUCUACUGAUGAGGACCGUAAGCGGCUGAAAGGCCUGAAAAAGCUAGUAAGUACAACCUGAGUCAUGAAUACCUUUUGUUAAAUGACUAUAUCCCAAGUUAGGAACAAACGUUUACACUCAAAGU